AUGGCCUUCACCACCAAAAAUGCCAUGAGAGCCCUCUUCCUCCUAGCGCUGGUGUGCGCUGUGCAAGCCGGAAAGGCGGCGUCGAAGGACGCUAAGGCGGCGGAUGAUGGCGCGGCGAAGGGAGGAGGGUCGUGUCCCAGCGGGUCGUGCGACAUCACCAAGCUGGGCGCGUCCGGCAAUGGCAAGACGGACAGCACCAAGGCGCUGGAGGAGGCAUGGGCGUCGGCGUGCGGCGGCACCGGGAAGAACACGAUCCUGAUCCCCAAGGGCGACUACCUGGUUGGCCCGCUCAACUUCAAGGGCCCGUGCAAGGGUGACGUGACCAUCCAGGUGGACGGCAACCUGUUGGCGUCCACGGACCUGAGCCUGUACAAGAAGAACUGGAUCGAGAUCCUGCGUGUGGACAACCUGGUGAUCACCGGCAAGGGCAAGCUCGACGGGCAGGGCUCCGCCGUGUGGAGCAAGAACUCCUGCGCCAAGAAGUAUGACUGCAAGAUCCUGCCCAACUCGCUGGUGCUGGACUACGUGAACAACGGCGAGGUGUCCGGCAUCACGCUGCUCAACUCCAAGUUCUUCCACAUGAACGUGUACCAGUGCAAGGACCUAGUGAUCAAGGACGUGACGGUGACGGCGCCGGGUGACAGCCCCAACACGGACGGCAUCCACAUGGGCGACUCAUCCGGGAUCAGCAUCGUCAACACGGUCAUCGGCGUCGGCGACGACUGCAUCUCCAUCGGCCCGGGGAGCACCAAGGUCAACAUCACCGGCGUCACCUGCGGCCCGGGGCACGGCAUCAGCAUCGGCAGCCUGGGGCGGUACAAGGACGAGAAGGACGUAACGGACAUCACCGUCAAGGACUGCACGCUCAAGAAGUCCAGCAACGGCCUCCGGAUCAAGGCGUACGAGGACGCCGCGUCCGUGCUCACCGCCUCCAAGAUCCACUACGAGAACAUCAAGAUGGAGGACGCCGGGAACCCCAUCAUCAUCGACAUGAAGUACUGCCCCAACAAGAUCUGCACCAGCAGCGGCGCCUCCAAGGUCACCGUCAAGGAUGUCUCCUUCAAGAACAUCACCGGCACCUCCUCCACCCCCGAGGCCGUCAGCCUGCUCUGCUCCGACAAGAUCCCCUGCAGCGGCGUCACCAUGGACAACGUCAAGGUCGAGUACAGCGGCACCAACAACAAGACCAUGGCCGUCUGCAAGAACGCCAAGGUCACCACCACCGCAUCCCUCAAGGAGCUUGCAUGCGCAUGAUGAGCGAUAUGAUCCCUCCAUCCUCCAUUGCCAUCCAUUUCAAUCAAUUCAAUUCCCUGGAUGCAUGGUAACUAGUAAACUAUAAAUAGCAGAUCGAGCAAAUCCGGCCUAGAUAUUCUUCUGCUUUAUUUCUUGCUUGAUUCCUCCCUCAGGCAAGAGUCAGGAGACAUGGAAUAACAAUGUUUGCCACACUAACAAUGUGUAAAGCACUGAUGAUCCAGUCAUGCCGAUCUUUUCUUUUCUGUGUUUUUCGUUUUAUUUUCUUUUUGGUAGGCUAGACAUAAUGCUAUGUAAAACUACUGCUUGUGAGUCAUCAAUGAAUGGAUGAAAUUG